AUGGACUCUCAUUCGCCGUUGCUGCCACAGAGCGCUAGAUCAAAGGGCUUUUCAAUGGUGAAAUCAGUAUCUCGCGAUACGCGGAUUGUUUUCCAAUCUUCGCCAGUUAACUAUUUGGCUGUGUUUGUCCCAGUGGCCCUGAUUUACGGGUAUGCCAAACUCUCGGUAACUUGGACCUUUAUUCUGAAUUUUGUGGCGAUUAUCCCGCUGGCAGCUAUUUUGGCUUUUGCCACGGAAGAACUCGCAGAGAAGGCGGGCUCCACUUUGGGUGGUCUUCUGAAUGCGACUCUAGGAAACGCUGUUGAACUAAUCGUGUCUGUCAUCGCGCUAUAUAAUGGCCAAAUUACCAUCGUUCAAGCCUCGAUGCUAGGCAGCAUCCUUUCCAACUUGCUGUUAGUGCUUGGAUUUUGCUUCCUGGCCGGUGGGUACAACAGGGUAGAGCAGAACUUUAACAAAACCGCUGCACAGACCAUGUCCUCGUUAUUGGCGAUCUCGUGCGCGUCCCUGCUGAUCCCAGCUGCUUUCCGCGCAUCUUUGCCCGAUGACAACAAGAAUCAAGAUCUUCUGAUCAACGCUAAGAUCUUGAGUCUUUCCAGAUCGACUUCCAUUGUCCUACUGGUCGUCUACGUUUGUUUCUUGGUUUUCCAAUUGAAGACUCACCACGAGCUUUUCGAGCAGCAGGAAGAGGAGACUGAAGAAGUGUUGGAACACCACUCUAAGUCGCAUACUCUAUCUAUCAAGUCGUCUGUGAUCUUCCUGCUUGUCACCACCGUGCUUGUGUCCCUCUGUGCCGAUUUUCUAGUUGGUAGCAUCGACCAUGUCGUGGAAACAUCGGGCUUGUCCAAGACUUUUAUUGGUUUGAUUGUUAUUCCUAUUGUUGGUAACGCCGCUGAGCACGUCACCUCAGUGAUUGUUGCUACCAAAAACAAGAUGGAUUUGGCCUUGAGCGUGGCCAUCGGCUCCUCUCUCCAGAUCGCCUUGUUCGUGACUCCAUUUAUGGUUUUGGUCGGAUGGGCCAUUGGUGUCCCCAUGACCCUCAACUUCUCGACCUUCGAGACCGCCACAUUGUUCAUCGCAGUGUUUUUGUCGAACUAUUUGAUUUUGGAUGGGCUAUCCAAUUAUCUGGAGGGUAUCAUGUCGAUUGCCAUGUACGUUUUGAUUGCGCUUGCAUUUUUCUACUACCCUGACGAGCGCGCCAUGGCAGCGACCUCCAUGUAA